CUUCAUCCCGAAUUUAUUGGCAGCUUCAGUAGUCGCGCACAUCCCGCGACGAUGAUCAAUUUGUUGUUCCAAGCUCUCAACCUUCUGAACAUCUCGAAACGAUGACCGGUUCCUCUGAACCAAACGCAGCCGGUAAUACCGGACGGAAGUUGCCACAAUACAUAGCCGCUCUGGCUGCGUCCGGCGGUGCCUUGGCCGCGGGAACCUUCCUCGGGUGGACAUCGCCGGCGGAGAUUCCACUGGUACACCAACAGGAGUAUGGAUUCCCUAUCAACGCGGAGGAAUUCUCCUGGAUUGGAUCGAUUGCCAACUUCGGCGCGGCUUUGAUGUGUUUCCCUAUAGGGAUUCUGAUGAAGAAGAUUGGCCGGAAGUGGGCCAUGUUGCUGUUGGUGCUCCCACUGCUGGUCGGUUGGUUGUUGAUCAUCUUCGCAAGUAACGUGGCGAUGCUGAUGGUGGGACGGUUCCUGCUUGGUAGUGGAGGUGGAGCAUUCUGCAUUACCGGUCCGACGUACACGGCUGAGAUAUCCGACGCAUCGAUUCGCGGAGCGUUGGGAAUGUUCUUCCAGCUGUUCAUCACGAUCGGUAUUUUGUUCGGGUAUGUUGUCGGAGCAGCUGUGAACGUGCAGGUGCUGAGCAUCAUUUGCGUUGUGAUUCCGGUUGCUUUCGGAUUGAUCUUCUUCUUCAUGCCUGAAAGUCCACAGUAUUUCAUUGAGAAAAACCGCGUCGAAGAAGCAUCAAAGUCACUGAUAUGGCUUCGAGGAAGCCACUAUGACGAACGCGAUGAGAUCAAAGAACUGCAAGCGGAAGACGCCAAGAUGCGAGCGGAAAAGAUCAGCUUCGUACAGUGCUUCCAGCAGCGAGCCACUAUUCGAGCACUGAUCGUCUCCCUAGGUUUGGUAUUCUUCCAUCAGAUGUCCGGAAUCAACGCCGUCAUUUUCUACACCACGACGAUCUUCGAUGAUGCCAACGCUGGAAUAGAAGCCAGCACUGCGACGAUCAUUGUCGGAGUCAUUCAGGUGGUCGCUACACUCCUGGCCACUAUCAUCGUCGACAAGGUCGGCCGUCGGAUCCUCCUGAUGAUCUCCGACUUCUUCAUGGCUGUAUCAACGAUUCUUCUCGCCGUGUACUUCCAGCUCAAAGAAACCGAUGAGACUCAGGUGGAGAAUCUUGGGUGGCUACCGGUCCUGGCGCUGUGUCUCUUCAUCGCCACGUUCUCCAUCGGUUACGGCCCUAUUCCGUGGCUCAUGAUCGGUGAACUGUUCGCCAACAAUGUCAAGGCCUAUGUUGGCCCAUUGGGUGGUGCGUUCAGCUGGCUGUUGGCUUUUCUGGUCACGAAGGUGUUCACCAACCUUCGGGAUGCCCUUGGUAUUUCCGGGGCAUUCUGGCUGUUUUCGGGAAUAUCUUUGGUUGGUACCGUUUUUGUGUUCUUCAUCGUACCGGAGACGAAGGGUAUUUCGCUGGUGGAAAUCCAGAGGAUGCUGUCCGGUGGAAAGGUCCGUCCAACCAGAGGCCACGACAACCCUGCGAUGGAAUGCGACGAGAAAGUCGAGUCUCGUUGAGAUGUGAUGGAAUGCCAGCUAUUUGUGAUGGAUGGUUUCUGAUCAUCAGAAUGGCUGGAUCAUAAACCAAAAUUGUAUGUAGAAUAACUUAUAGAUUUUAAUGACUGUAAGAUUAUAGAAUAUUGAAUUGAUUCAAUGGAAUCCAACAUAGAGAA